CCUAAAAGAAAAUGAGUGUUGAAAAGACGUUUUAUUCAUUUUUCAAUUGUUCCUCCAAAGAGAUUCUCGCCAUGUCCUCGUUGAGGAAUGAGUUUCUCGGAGAUGAUGUGACGAGUCUCAUUAUCGUCGUUAAUUACGCCAUCGUGUGCGGGGUGGUCAGCCUGUUCGGGAUACUUAGCAACAUCGUCAACGUGGUCAUCUUUGCCAAGCUUGGACUGAAGGAGUCCGUCAACGUUGGCCUUCUUGGACUAGCGGUCAGCGACAUCUUCUCCCUGGCGUUCCUUCUCGCGGACAGCGUAUGCUUCAACCCUGUCUUUCAGGACCGGAACGUCCCGGUUCUGAUGAGAGAGAUAGAGUUCGUGGUUGGGGGCUGGCCGCACACCUGUUUCACCAGAGUGACCAGCUGGAUCACGGCUCUGGUCACCGUGGAGCGCUGCCUCUGCAUCGCAAGACCCCUGAAGGUGAAGAUUAUUCUCUCUACGUUUCGCACAAAGUGCGCCAUCGCGUUCAUUUUUCUGUUUGUCGGAGCCUCGGCGUCCCCCGAGUUCUACGUGAACCAGUUGACGUGGAAGUACAACCAGGAAAUAAACAAGUCGGUUUUAGGAAUACGGUACAUUGAUGACCGAGGCGCCUUCGAGGGCGUGACCACAGUCUUGAAUAACAUCGUCUUACAGUACGCCACCUUCAUCGUUGUCGUUAUCGCUACCGUCAUCCUGGUGGUCAAGCUGCACGAGAAAUCAAAGUGGAGGUCAUUCUCGGGUAUCAAGAACGAUAAAUCCUUAGGCGUCUCCAAGAAAGACCAGAAGGUAGCCAGAAUGAUAAGCCUUGUUUCCACCGUUUUUAUUGGCAGCUACCUUCCGUCCAGCAUUCUAUUUAUGGCGAUGCAUUUUGAACCGAAAUUCCACCCGUCGGGCUACUAUAACCUGUUCCAUGUCGUCUGGUCCUGUGCUUACGUCAUAGAAGGUCUCAACUCUGCCUCUAAUAUAUUCAUUUACAUAAAGAUGAGCUCUAAAUUUCGCUCUAAAUUUUUUCACAUCUUUCUAGGAACUAGCUUUUGAAUAGAAAAGUAACUAUUUUCACAGCUAAAAACAGUUCCCAUUAAAAAAAAAAGUUUUACUUGUCUAGACCUUUUCAAAGCGAUUUUAGCUUUUCAAAAAGCUUGACGAUAUUGCUGGAAAUGAAGUUUAAAAAAAAAACACUAAAAAGGAC